GCAGCGUUAACAUUGCAAACCAAAGCUGCAUUGCAAUAAUAUCUCUUAAUUCUUUCUUCUUGUUGUUACUUUUUCAAUACCGAGAAAAUGUCUGUGGCAAAAAAAUCUUCAGCUUCUGUAAUUUUCACUUUGGCUUGUCUCCUGUGUUAUGCUAUGAGCACAGAAGCUAUGCCUCUGAAAGUGAAGGAUAAGCAGGAGAACCCAUUUAAGAGAAAUUGGUGCAUUGUGAAGCCUUCGACGCCUGAUGAUCAGCUUCAACGUAACAUUGACUUCUGUUGCCAAGAGGUGCCGUGCAAAGAGAUUGAAAAUGGAGGAUCUUGUUACAACCCUACAAACAAAGUGUCCGCUGCAUCAUUUGUAAUGAACAGCUACUACCAGGGAAAGCAGCCUCACGAUUGCAAUUUCAAUAACAGUGGAAUACUUGUUUAUGAUGAUCCAUCUGUUGGAAGUUGUAUAUAUCCAUAGUUAUGAAAGGAUUUAGCUCAUUUAGCAUGACUCUAAUGAAAAGGAAAUAGAAAAUAAAUGGGGUCUGAACAUUAUGCUGCUGCUCAAGUAUGUGUGUCUCCUUGUAGUUUUGAAUUCUGAUUCUCUUUUAUGUAAUUGAUUAUUCAAAAAAGUAUUCAGAGAAUAUGUUUACUUGUCUCA